AUGAAAUCAGGUCAGGUGGUGUACACUGUGAUGGAGGUGCUGAUUGGCCUGAGCUGCUGCGUGGGGAACCUCCUGGUGCUGCUGGUGCUGUGGUCGAGCCGGAGCCUGCGGCAGGAGCCUACCUACUGCCUGCUGCUGUCCCUGUGUGUGGCGGACGCCCUGGUAGGGGCUGUGGCAGUCCCUCUGGCGGUGGUGGUGGAUGGUCACGUCAGAACGUCCUUCAGUCUGUGUCUGUUCCUCAGCUGUGUGACUCUGCUCCUCACCCUGAGCUCUGUGCUCUGCCUCACUGCCAUCGCCCUGGACCGAUACCUCAAGGUCUACUUCCCCAUCAGAUACAAACGGACAGUGACACGGAGACACUCCUGGUUGGUGGUAGCCGGAUGCUGGCUCGUUGCGGUCCCUCUCAGUUUCACUCCCGCAUUCGGAUGGUUCAACCAGGACACUUCGCCCCACUCAAACAGCUCUAGGAUUCUCUGCCAGAUCAUCGCCGUCAUCCCCAUGUCUUACCUGGUUUACAUACGGUUCUUCCUCUGCCAUCUCACGCCUUUGUUCAAUUCUAGUCCUCCCUCUCUGAUCGGGGUCCUUCUCUCGUGGCAGAACCCGUCUCUUUAG